AUGUCUUUGGCGAACCAAAUCACACUGAACCCGGCCCAAAGAGAGGACCUCCUUCGCGGCGGAGCCAAGAAAAAGCAGCAGCAGCAGCAGCAUGGAGAGAAAGGAGCCGCCAAACUGCCCCUCGGAAAGCAGCACACGCACCCGCGAGGCGCCUCAGCCGGCGGCGAGGACGCGAGCGUCUCGUUCGUCGGCACCGCGACCACGAUCAUCGAGUGGCAGGGCCUGCGCAUCCUCACGGACCCAAACUUCCUCCACGCGGGCGACCACGUCCACCUGGGGCCGGGCGUGAGCGCCCAGCGCAGGACGGACCCGGCGGUUGACCUCGAGGCCCUGCCGCCGCUCGACGCCAUCUUGCUCUCGCACUACCACGAGGACCACUUUGACCGCCUGGUCGAGGACUCGCUGAACCGCGACUUUCCCAUCAUCACGACGCCGCAUGCAAAGUCGUGCUUGACUGCUCAGGGGGCCAAGGAUGAGCCGUUUCGGAAGGUUUGGGAGUUGGGAUUUUUUCAGGACUUGCUGCUCGACAUUGACAACACGUCAUCGUCGUCGUCUACUGCUGCGGCAGAGAGGAGUAGGCGGCCCGCCAUCAAGGUCACAGGCAUGCCGGGCAAGCACGUCCCGCCGGGAGUUCUGUCGACGGCCAACGAUGUGCUGCAGGCCGUGCCGCCCACCAACGGCUGGAUGCUGGAGCUGGGCUACCGUCGUCCCUCCGGGGACGUAGAAGGCGACUCGGGUGCAAUCGACACGGGCUACCGCAUCUACAUCUCGGGCGACACGCUGAUGGUGGAUGACCUGAAGAAGAUCCCCGAGUGGCUCGAAGAGAAGCGCGUCGAUCUGAUGCUCGUCCACCUGGGCGGCACUACGAUCCCCGGCCCGUCGGUUCCGCUGCUGAUGGUCACGAUGGAUGCGGAGCAGGGGAUGCAGCUGAUGAGGCUGCUGGACCCGGACGUCACCAUUCCGAUACACUAUGACGAUUACGACGUGUUCUUGUCCCCAUUGGAGGACUUCAAGAAGCAGGUGGACGCGCAGGGGAAGAGGGAUAGGGUGGUGUAUCUGGACAGGGGCGAGCAUUACCGAUUUAAAGUCAUGGGGUGA